CUCUUAAAAGAAGUUGAAGAACCUCUCUCUCUCUCUCAAACCCACUUACCCAAACUUUAUUUUCGCCCUUUCGCAUAACUUAUUAUAAUUGAUACCUAUUUUUUGAUUGCUAUCAUCCCAGAAAGGAUUCGACCUUUUUGAGGAAGAGAUGGAAGGGAGAUCGUCGAUCGAGAACCAGCCCCCCUCUUUUGGGGAUUUGAUAACGAUUCUGAGCAUUGAUGGUGGUGGAAUCAGAGGAAUUAUUCCUGCUACCAUCCUUAGCUUUCUUGAGUCUGAACUUCAAAAUCUAGAUGGUGAAGAAGUGAGACUUGUCGAUUAUUUCGAUGUGAUGGCUGGGACGAGCACAGGAGGUCUUGUUACUGCCAUGAUCACCGCACCAGGAGAUAACAACCGCCCUCUCUAUGCUGCCAAAGACAUCACCUCCUUUUACCUUGAUCAUUGCCCCAAAAUUUUCUCCCAAACAAGCGGGCUUCUUGGAUCUGUCCGCAAGUUUGUGAGUGCAGUAACGGGCCCCAAAUACGAUGGAAAGUACCUUCACAAGCUCGUGAGGAAGCAGUUGGGUGAUAAGAGGCUUCAUCAAACUCUCACCAAAGUUGUUAUUCCUACAUUUGAUAUCCGAUUAUUGCAGCCCACCAUCUUUUCUUCCUACCAGAUGAAAGCUGAUAAAUCCAAGGACGCGUUGUUAUCCGACAUUUGUAUUAGCACAUCGGCCGCUCCGACAUACCUUCCUGCUCAUUAUUUUGAGAAUGAAGGGAAUGAUGGGAAGAUUAAAAGCUUCCAUUUAAUCGAUGGAGGGAUUGCCGCUAAUAAUCCAGCACUUGUGGCUAUGGGUGAGAUAACAAGAGAGGUACUAAAGGAGAACACCGAUUUUUCCCCCAUGAAACCCAUGGAUUAUGGUCGAUUCCUCGUCAUCUCUGUAGGCACUGGUUCUGCAAAAUCUACUGAUAAUUAUAGUGCAAAAGACGCAGCCAAAUGGGGUGUUUUAGGUUGGUUAUACAACAAUGGGGGCACUCCCCUUAUCGACACAUUUCAACAAGCAAGUGCAGAUAUGGCCGACAUCCACAUCUCUGUUGUGUUUCAAGCUCUUCAUUCUCAACGCAAUUAUCUACGUAUUCAGGAUGACACAUUAAUGGGAGACACAUCGUCCACAGACAUUGCAACGGACAAAAACUUGAAGGAACUUGUGAAGGUGGGUGAAGGGCUCUUGCAAAAGCCAGUUUCGAGGGUGAACUUGGAGACGGGGAAAUUUGAGCCAGUGCCAAAUGAGGGCACCAAUGAGCAAGCUUUAGUCAGGUUCGCGAAGUUAUUGUCCAGUGAGAGGAGAACUCGACUGCAAAGAUGUCCUCACUCCCUCUCCAACAAGUGAGACUCUCUUGUUGUUGCCUCACUCAUAGCUGAAGAUUGGAUUAUUUGAAUUCUAAGCACGGCCACAACUAAUAUGUGGGGCAUUCGAUUUGUUGAAUUGAUGUAAUAGGAAGACAUUAGCGACAAUGAGUCGUUAACAAAUAAAGUUACUCUCUAGUUUAUCUGGAAUAACCAAAAUAAAUAUGUACUUAUUCUCUUCAUGUAAUUCAGCACUAUCUGU